AUGUCAGACGAGCAGACCCUCGCCGACCAGCACAUUCCGUCGAGCGCUCACACAAUCUUCAGCAACGUCGUUCACGCGGCCAACAGUCUAACGAGCGACGCCUCGCUCGACAACCAGCAGCAGACGCCACAGCGCAGCAUCGGGCGCACGCUCUUCACAUCACGCGACGACAUUUCCGCAGCCGGAAAUUUGUUGUUUGUGCAACUCGAAUCAGCUUUUCACACGCAUAAGGUAAUCUCAGAAACUUAUAAAUAUCAUCUGACGAUACCUGCACUCAACCAGACGGCCAUCAUCGAGGUAGCCGAUCUUGUCAAGGACAUCCCUGCCUCGAAUCCCUACUCCAUCUUAAAAGCUAGACUAAUCCAACGUUUUGCAGACUCGCCGGAGCGCAACAUAGACAAGGCGCUCAAUCAUCUGGAAUUGGGAGACGGCAAACCCUCGCAGCUGUACCGAAAGAUGAUGCAGCUCGUCGGCGACAAUGCAACGGACGACCUUCUACGAGUCAAAUGGCCCAACCUUCUGUCGUCGCAGACCCGUCAAAUUCUCAGGAUCUUCAAAACCCAGAAUGUCGACGAACUUUUUCAGGCAGCGGACGCUAUGCUGGAGUCUCCCAUGCUACCUUCCACAGCCGCCAUCGCAGCACCAGACGUCAACGCUAUACAACAGCGCACAUCCGACUUCGCAAACCUCAAACUGCUGAUGGCGCAGAUCAUCACGCUCUGCAGAAACACCCACACAUGCGUCAGUCGUCCGCCCAGAACUCAACACAUCAACGACAACAGAGGUAACAAUCACAGAAGCAACGCCAACAACAGCAGGCGAGAACGCAGUUCAUCUAGCUCUAGCGGCCGCCAGCAUUUCAGAGGAGUAUGCAGCUGCCCAAUCAACACUGUGGCUGCAGCUCCAGCCAAGCCACCGCACACAGCUUUCUUUAAUGCUGAUAGACCAGCAAGCGACCCCUGGACGGAAACGAGGCUUCACGUGUUCGACAAGAACACCGGCACAUGCUUCCUGGUUGACAGCGGCUCAGUUGUCUCUAUCCUGCCGUGCUUAGCUGCAACAGCACGCAGCAGUUCACAUCCAAACCUCUCAGCAGCCAACGGCUCCAUCAUCAAGUGUCACGGGCGCAGAUUGGCCCAGCUAGACAUGGGACUUCGCCGCAACUUCGUCUGGUCCUUCGUGCUGGCAGACAUCUCAACGCCGAUCAUCGGAAUAGAUUUUCUGUCCCACUUCGGACUACUACCAGACCUCAAACGCAAGCGCCUCAUCGACGAGAUCGCCUCGUGCUCAGUCAACGGGCUGCUUGCUCCAACACAAACGCACUCCAUUUCAGCACUUUCGCCGCCACCAGGACUCUUCGAAAGGCUGCUCCACACAGGUCAGAGACCUUGUCCACCAGUCCUUCACACGAAGCUUCCAGGAUCACGGCCAGGAUCACCCGUCCACUGUAAGCCGUGCCAGCUGCUGAACCCCAAGCUAAAAAUCGCCAAGGCAGAGUACCAGGCUCUCCUACAACUUGGCAUCAUCAGACCAUCAAGCAGCCCCUAUGCAAGCCCCUUGCAUAUGGCCACGUUCAAAUCAGGCAAACUACGACCCACUGGCGACUACAGGGCGCUCAACGCUCAAACGCUCCCAGACAGAUACCCAUUCCCUAGGAUCGUGGAUCUUCUGCGGCAGCUACACGGAUGCAACAGGUUCUCAGUCAUCGAUCUUGGCAAAGCCUUCUUUCAGAUCCCGGUUGCAGAGAAUGACAUUCAAAAGACUGCCGUCACCACGCCGUUCGGGCUCUUCGAGUUUCUGGACAUGCCGCUUGGCCUCAGGAACGCGACGCAGACCUUCAUGCGAUACAUGCACAGCAUCCUAGGACAUCUAGACUUCGUGCACGUCUAUCUCGACGACCUUCUCAUCGCCUCGAACGACGAGCAGCAACACCUUGAGCAUCUUCGCACCGUCUUUAGCACCUUACUAAAAAGCAAGGUCAAAAUCAACUGGAACAAGUGCCAAUUCUGCAAGCAGCAGGUAACAUUCCUGGGACACACAGGCCACUCAAAAGGAUUCUCAGUGCCGCCUGACCGUGCCCAGGCAAUGUCUGACUAA